CCAACGCUGAGAUCUCACGUCGGACCGCUUUGUGGUGUUUCUCAACAAUGGAGCGGAAAGUUGCUCGAGAAUUUAGGCACAAGGUGGAGUUGCUGAUUGAAAAUGAAGCAGAAAAGGAUUACCUGUAUGACGUCCUCCGCAUGUAUCACCAGUCGAUGGAUUUGCGAGUGCUGGUGGGAGACCUAAAGCUGGUAAUUAACGAACCAAAGCGUCUCCCCUUGUUUGACGCCAUCCGACCUCUCAUCCCUCUCAAACACCAGGUGGAGUAUGACUUGCUCACCCCCAAGAAGUCAAGGAAGCUAAAAGAGGUGCGUUUGGAUCGGACUAAUCGUGAUGGUCUAGGUCUGAGCGUCCGAGGAGGGCUUGAGUUCGGCUGUGGUCUUUAUAUAUCCCAGAUUAUAAAAGAUGGACAAGCUGAUAAUGUGGGCCUACAGGUUGGUGAUGAGAUUGUGCGUAUCAAUGGAUACUCAAUUUCCUCCUGUAUCCACGAGGAGGUCAUCAGUCUCAUCAAGACAAAGAAUGUCGUGUCACUCAAAGUUCGACACGUGGGGAUGAUCCCAGUGAAAACCUCAUCAGAUGAACCCCUGAAGUGGCAGUUUGUCGACCAGUUUGUUUCUGAAUCGGGGGAGAAAAAAAGCAGCGUGGCCGGUUUGGCAUCCAUUGGAGGAAAGGAGAUCAAGGAGAAGAAAGUUUUCCUCAGUCUUGUGGGUACCAAGGGCAUGGGCAUCAGCAUAUCCAGUGGUCCAACCCAAAAACCUGGUAUAUACAUCAGUAACGUCAAGCCAGGCUCCCUCUCUGCAGAAGUUGGGCUUGAGGCUGGAGACCAGAUUGUGGAGGUGAACGGAGUGGAUUUCACUAACAUGGACCACAGAGACGCCGUGAAAGUCCUGAAGAGCAGCAGAAGUUUGACUAUUACAGUUCUGGCAGGAGCUGUAAGUACACUCUUACGAAAGAUGGAGCUCUCUCAGAAAGCUGCAGAAGAGGAGGAGCGUUAUCAGAAGGAAAUGGAAAGGAUUGAAGCUAUGGAGAAAAAACACAACAGAGAAUGGGAGGAGGACUAUGGUACUGACAGACCCAAGAGCCCUAAAUCCAGUCCAAAGGUCCCAUCACCAAGAACCACCCCAACUCCAAAGGCCAAAAGUUCUCGUAAGCACCGACGGCAGUGUCUUCUUUUUAAAAUGCAUGAAUCCUGUGUUUCGUUCUGAAACCAGCGAGGCGCUCGUGUUUUACUUCAUUCACCCAGUUU